GUCACGGUGCCCAUGAGGACGAUGGAAGCGGUGAUCAUCGUCAUGUCAUUAUGGGCAUUCAUUCUCGGGAUCAAGGCCGAAAUCGGCGGUCCCUUCCUCCGAGAACAAAUUCGGAACUACUAAAACAUGCAGUAGCGAUGAAUUUACUUCCCACUCCUUCACACAAUUCUUCAAGCGUACAAAACACCGGUCUCGGUCCAGGUGAGACGUGGGCCCGUAUCUCCAUUGUGCAAGGUGCAUCUUAUUCGCUAAACCUGCUCCAAGAGUUGAUUAACGCUACACUUGGCACACAACUUCGUUUCUACAAUGUAUGUGUUGAAGUUCAAAAUGUGGUCAUGUAUGCGAAAAUCCGCCAGAAACAAGAAAUUCAAUUUCGAAAACUGUUGCAAUCUUUGCGCGAUCCGAUCACGGGUAAAGAUCAGCUAGUAACUGACUUGACCACCGUCCCGGAACCCCGUGUACCAAGUUGCCCAUCCAAUUCCACAGUCCUAAAUAUCGGCUCUCUGUUUCCUGAUUCGUGGAUGGAGGCGCUACGUGCUUGCUUCCGGGAACGAUUUCAACCAACCACACGCAGUCUGGACUUGUCCAGUUUACAUACGGAACCCACCUUGCUCAGUCAGGGUCUUUACUUGCCUUUGAACCGGACGUCCAUUGUACACGCUAUGAUCAGUAUCCUCAAAAAUAACGGGGCACAGGUGGGUCCCCAUUUCAGUUGUGCUUUAAGUCUCACUGGUGUUCUCUCUCGUGCAUUACUGGACAUUCUGUCAGUUUUCACUUGCCUCUGUCUAAUUUUAUUUAUUCUCGAGAUGCUCUGGUCUGUUUGCAGAACUUUGUGCUACCUGUGGUGUCCGAAAAUCGAGACAAAAAGUGCGAGCAGCAGCAACAGUACUUGA